UACCGGCUGUGUGUCUUAUUGUACUUUGGGUGAAGUGCUGUGUGCCACCUCACAGUGACUGUGCACACUGACCUGGAAGACAAACAUGUUUUGACCAUUAGCCUUUAACUUCGGUUUAAUGUUUGAGCCCAGCGGAACACAGAGACUCCACUUCCUGCAGUCUGCAGUGCGGACCCACGGAGACUGCUGAUCUCGGAGCUGAUCGAACAUGGAGAUUUCAUUUACAGGCAAACGGGCUCUGGUCACUGGAGCAGGAAAAGGGAUUGGCAGGGCCACGGCUCUGGCUCUGGCACGCUGCGGGGCAAAGGUCGUAGCGGUCACACGCACGCAGGCCGACCUGAGCAGUCUGGUGCAGGAGUGCGCCUCCAUCUCCCCGGUGUGUGUGGACCUGGCGGACUGGGGGGCCACGGAGGUGGCCCUGCGGGACAUCGGCCCCAUCGAUCUGCUGGUAAACAACGCUGCCUGUGCCAGCCUGCAGCCCUUUCUGGAGGUCACACCUGACCAGUUUAACCACUCAUUCGAUGUGAAUGUGAAAGCUGUGCUGCAUGUCUCCCAGCUCUGUGUCUCUGGUCAGAUAGUGGCUCGUGGUAUGAAGGCCAGAGGAUCAGGAGGCUCCAUUGUCAACUUGUCCAGCCAGGCAUCACAGUGUGCCCUAAGAGACCACGCUGUCUACUGUGCCACUAAAGGAGCUCUGGACAUGCUGACUAAAGUGAUGGCCCUAGAGCUGGGACCCUACCAGAUCCGUGUGAACAGUGUGAACCCCACUGUGGUGAUGACAGAGAUGGGUCGCCUGGGCUGGAGCGAACCCGAAAAAGCCAAGACCAUAACGUCCCGCAUACCCCUAGGCCGCUUUGCAGAGGUGGAGGACGUGGUGAAUAGUAUUUUAUUCCUGCUGAGUGAUAAGAGCAACAUGACUAAUGGAGUCACUCUGCCAGUGGACGGAGGCUUCCUGGCCUGCUGACCAACACAAGCACAGCGACCAUCUGCUCAAAGGAAACAUACUUCUUCUUAUCAACUCACUGCAUUAUACAAAGAAACAUAGAUCAGUUUGUGUCAGUAAUUAAACUCAACGUCUAAUUUCC